AUUAAGCAAGCUAAGAAUUUAUGUUUACAAAUUUUUAACUAUUCUAAUGGCAUCAUGGAAAGCUCCAGCCAACUUAAGCCAACACAAAAGAUUGGAAGAAUUCAAUCUGUGUAUUGCAAAGAUUUUGUCUCAUAUUCGGAAAUAACAUACUUCCCCAAAGAGUAUCUAAACGUUUUGACAGGACCAAAUGGAACGGGCAAGUCGACAAUUGUAUCAGCCAUUAUAUUGGGACUGGGCGGUGAUCCACAGUUGUUGGAUCGGUCCUCUAGUAUCUCUGAUUAUAUUAAAAGCAGUAAAAGCUCUGCAACUAUUGUAAUCACAAUUUAUGGAAAACAAAAGGACUCUGUCGAAGCUUUCAAGCGUACGAUAAAUCACAAUGGAGAAUCUCGAUAUUUUGUUAACUCCAAGGAGUUGUCAAAGUCAAAAUAUCUGGCCAUUAUUGCAACUUAUAAUAUUCAAGUCAGCAAUUUGUGCCAGUUCUUACCACAGGAUCGUGUUCAGGACUUUUCUAAAAUGAAUCCGCAAGAGCUUUUAGUCAACACCAUGUCCUCCGUGUGCGACAAUCAGUUGAUAAAGAACUUUAUCGAUCUGAAAAAUAUGCGAAUAAAGCAAUUAGGCGCUCAUGCAGACCGAGAGAGGGAGAACGAUAAACUUCUAAAAGAACAAAAACGAUUGGAGCAGUUACAGAUUUCGGUAGAUCAAUACCAGGAACGCCAAGAAGUAUUACAGAAGUUAAACGUUUAUAAGGCGAAAAAAUUAUGGUCUGAAGUAACUUUGGCUGAAGAAAAGAUCGAUAGUUAUAAAAGUGAAUUGGAUAAAGCGAAAGAAAAUUGUCAAAGUCUGAAGAACGCGUAUGAACUUGAAAAGCGAUCACAAGAAGGAAUUUCAAGAAAAAAUGCAGAACUUAAGGAAAAAACAAUUGAAAAAAGUCGGCGAAUAACUCAAGCCAUGGUUACGAAAAGAGAAUUAACUUCUCAAUUGGAAGCCAUAAAAAACAAAAUUAAUGAAAGCAAAUGCGAUUUAGAGAGAAAUAUUCAGCUGUCGGCCAAAAGUAUAAGCGAAGUGGAUAAAAUAAAAUAUUUGGUGGAAACUAAACGGCACGAGUUGCAGCAAUUUAACAAUGAAAAAUCUGAGGUUUUAAAUGAAUUGGAGAUACAAAAGAAAAAGAUACAAAAAACUCGUGAGACGACAAUGAACCAGUAUAAUAAGCGAAGAGAACUUGAAACAAUGCUGAACGAUGAAAAAAUUCCCGAAAUUACAGCUCUCUGUCACAAGAUAGAGCGAUUGCAAAACAUCAAAGCACAAAAGAUAGAAGAGCUGCGCCUUCGUAAUCCGAACUUGGUCAAAGCUAUGAAUUGGGUAGCCCAAAAUAAACAUAAAUAUAAGUGUAGCAUAUAUGAUCCCAUGGUAUUUGAGCUGAGCAUUAAAAGUGAGGAAGGAGCCAUGUAUUUAGAGAACGUUGUUAGGCAGCGCGACUUAUAUGCCUUUGCAUGUGAGGACAAGAGUGACAUGUCUGAUCUUAUUAACGAAUUAUGCGUGAAGCAGAAGCUAUCCGUAAAUGUUAUGUACUGCGCCCCAGCAGACACGUGCAUGUUUACGUCUACUGUUCCAAUUUCAGAAAUUAGGCAAAUGGGCUUCGAUGCGUAUCUUGUUGAUCUGGUAUCUGGGCCGAUACCACUAAUAAACAAGCUUUGCGGAAGCUAUCAAAUUCAUAAUAUUCCCAUUGGCAAAGAUGAAGUUAGUAAUUUUACUGCCUGCGUUCCCAAAUCAAUUCGAAUUUAUUUCGGAGGCACUAAAAAGUUUACUGUGACAACAUCACGAUAUCGAUCUGAUCUUAUACUUACCGAGAGCACAAUUCGAAGAAAAAACCAGCUAAUUAGUAUUGAUUCAAAACAAUUGACGUCUCUAAAAGAAAGACACAACAAAUCCAUAUUUGAAAAGGACCAAAUUAGAAACAAUUUAAGAGAGAUCGAUAAUGAAUUCGACCGCCUGCAAAUAGUUCUUCGCCAGGAAGGAGAGACCAAAAGAAAAAUUGAACAGAAAUUGGCGCACUAUAGUAAUUUGGAGGAUGAAGUGAAAAAGCUACAGCUAAAAAUCGACACAAUCAAUAAGUCAUUCACUUCUACGGAUAAACUCAAAGAAACUUUUAAAAAGUCCGUGCUUUCGGAUAUAAGAAUAAUAUUCGAAAUCGAGAGAAAAUUGAUCAAGAUUCUAGAGUGCACAGACAAAUUACUGCAGACAAAGAAAUUGAGCGAAACAUUAGAAAGUGCACAUAACCAGCAAUAUGAAUCUCAAGUUAAUAAGCUCAAGGAGAGUGAAGAUCAAUUUAAGAACGCUUCUAAUAUAGUCGACAAGUUAUCUGCAUCACUGCAAGUCAAAGUUAAGGAUAUUGCAUCAAAAAAAGUGGAAGUGCAGCGCCUUUGCAAUGGCCAACUGCCCAAUAGUAACGAUUUUCCAUUUAAAAAAGAUUUUGAACAGUUAUCAAACCUAAAUGUGGAACAAAUUUACGAAGCUAUAGUCGAGUUUCAGGCUAGAUUAGAGUGCAUGAAGAAUUUAAAUUCUGAGGCAAUUGCGGAUUUUCGUCAGCGCCAAAACGAGGUGGAACAAUUAAAGAAACUCAUCGAAGGCAAAUCAAAUGAAGAAAAAAAUGUAGAAGCCGAAAUAUCAAUCUUAUACAACAAGUGGGAACCACAACUAACCGCAUUGAUUGAGACAAUAAACAAAAAGUUCAGCGAAUUCAUGGACUCAAUAGCAUAUGUUGGGGAAGUUGUUUUGUCGAGAAAUGACAAGAACGAUUUUGAUUCGUAUGGCAUACAAAUCAUGGUGCAGUAUAGGAAGGAUGCAAAGCUACAGACUCUGGAUAAAUAUGUUCAAUCCGGUGGAGAACGUGCCGUGGCCAUUGCAAUCUAUUCUUUGUCAUUACAGCACGUUACACAUGUGCCAUUCAGGUGCGUUGAUGAGAUUAAUCAAGGCAUGGACGCUAAAAACGAACGCCAUAUUUUUAAUUUACUUUUAAAAGAGGCCACUAAGGAGGGUUCUGCACAAUAUCUUUUUGUUACGCCCAAGCUGCUUCGUGAUUUGAGCUACAACAACCGCUUAUGCGUUUCGGUAGUUCACAACUCUGCAUCUAUCAAACCUGAUGUCACCUUUCCACUGAACUAGAUGUUUCAAUUAAGUAUAUUAAAUUAUGUCGAUAAAAUUGUUUUCAAUGUAUAAACCUGUUUUCAG